AUGGGCAGCUGCGAAGAGGCCGUCAAGUAUAGGCAGUCGAGCCCCGGCAAAGCUACGGUCCUGGCUUUGGGUAAGGCCUUUCCUCAUCAGCUCGUGAUGCAGGAUUACCUCGUCGACAGCUACUUCAGGGACAUCAGGUGCAACGACUUGGAGCUCAAGAAGAAGCUCGCCCAUCUGUGUAACUGCGACCCUCCCCUCCCCUCUACCAUUCUCUUCUCAAACUACUCACUACACCCACUAAGCUUUUGAGCAAAACUCAAAACGAAUAACCAAUCCAUCAAAGAAAUCCUAACCUAACAGGGCGGCGAGAUCUCACCAUGCAUACCAUGCGGCCUUGGCAGGUAAGUCGACGACCGUGAAGACCAGGUACGUGGUGAUGAAUGAGGAGAUCCUGAAGAAGAACCCGGAACUGAUGGUCGAAGGCCAAGCCACUGUGACGCAGCGGCUGGACAUAUCGCAGAAGGCGAUCACCCAGAUGGCAGUAGAGGCCUCGCAGUCCUGCAUAGAGAAGUGGGGGAGGCGAAGUUCGGAGAUAACUCACCUGGUGUACGUCUCCUCCAGCGAAGCCCGCUUCCCUGGUGGGGACCUGUACUUGGCGCGAGCCCUCGGCCUGCGCCCCAACGUUCGCCGGGUGAUGCUCUACUUCAUCGGCUGCUCCGGCGGAGUCGCCGGACUCCGCGUUGCCAAGGACUUAGCCGAGAACAACCCCGGGAGCCGCGUGCUGCUGGCCACCUCCGAGAGCACCGUCCUCGGCUUCAGGCCCCCCAGCAGCCUCAGAACCUACGAUCUCGUGGGAGCGGCACUGUUUGGAGACGGCGCGGGGGCGGCGAUACUCGGCGCCGAUCCCAUCCCCGGCGUAGAGCGCCCGCUUCUGGAGCUGCACACGGCGAUCCAGCAGUUCUUGCCGGACACGGAGAAGAUCAUCGACGGGAGACUUAGUGAGGAGGGGAUCAGCUUUAAGUUGGACAGAAAUCUCCCGGAAAUUAUUGAGGGGCAUGUGGAGGGGUUCUGCAGUGGGCUGUUGAAGGAGGCGGGGUUUGGGACUUUUCAGUACAACGACUUCUUCUGGGCUGUGCAUCCGGGGGGACCCGCCAUCCUGAACAGGAUGGAGAGGAGGCUGCAGCUGCGGCCCGCAAAGCUGGCGGCCAGCAGGAGGGCGCUGAAGGACUAUGGGAACGCUAGCAGCAACACCAUUGUUUAUGUGCUGGAGUACGUAAUUGAGGAGAGCAUGAAGGCCGGCAAGGACGAAAGAGCAGAGGAUUGUGAGUGGGGUCUCGUGCUGGCUUUUGGCCCAGGGAUCACCUUUGAAGGAAUCCUGGCGAGGAAACUUGUCUGA